AUGGCUGAUACUGACGACGCCAUCGAAAAUGCGAAGAGAGCGAUCAGCGACAAUCCAUUAGACCCCGAAUGUUUAAAACUCCUUGCCGACCUUCUCAAUGAAAGGUACGUCGACACUGGCAUGCUUGUCGACCUGGAUGCGUCAAUUCUCGUAACGAAGCAAGCUAUCGAUACUAUAACGGAUGGCGACGCCGAACUGGCCAGUUGCUUCAACAGCCUCAGUUACCGGCUUCAAGAUAGAUUCAUGAUGACAGAAGAUAACGGAGACCUUGAAGAGGCUAUACGAUUGUCACGAAAAGCAGUAGAAUUGACGGCGUCAGACAACGCUAGAUACCUGAGUAAUCUUGCUGCAUCGUUAAAGACCAGGUUCUCUGUCACUGGGGACCUAAAAGACAUGGAAGGUGGCAUCGCCCUGGCAAAACAAGCCGUUUCUGUAACGGCAAGCGAUGAUCCAGAGCUACCUAAAUGGUUGAAUAACCUUGGAAACCAUCUCAGUAACAGGCACUUGGUUACAGGUUCCCUUGAAGACCUAGAAGAGGCAAUCGCCUUGAGUAGAUGCGCAGUCGCUUCAUCAUCAGACGCAACAAUACGAGCUCUCUUUUUGAACAACCUAUCGGCAAAAAUAGAUCUCAAAGCAGAAGCCAGUGGUCAGUUGAACACAUACGAUGAAGCGAUCGAAUGGGCAAAGGAGGCCAUCUCCCUGACGCCAGACGACCAUAACGAUCAGGCAAAGUGGCUAGGCAAUCUCGCAACUCAUCUGUUGGAGAGAUUCGACAGGUCGUGGGAUCUGAACGACUUGCAAGAAGCCAUAAAUACUGCAAGCAAGGCUGCGGACCUGACAUCCAACGGGCCUACGAAAGCUUUGUAUCUCGACGCGGUCGCGGAUGGCUUGAAUAGAAAAUAUGAUAAGAUGGGUCGGUUGGCAGAUCUCGAGGAAGGUAUUCGCAUGACUGAGAUGGCUCUUGAAAUGCUACCGCGCCAUCAUUCAAAACGUCCACAAAUUCUUUCUACGCUUUCGGAUCUUUUUAGCAAUAGAUACCUGAGAAAGGAGAUGACAAAAGACCUCGACAGAGCGAUAGAGCUUUCCAGAGAGGCUGCAGAUGCAAAGUCUGAUAAUCACCCCUACAAGGCGAUAUAUCUCGACAGACUCGCAAUGCAACUGAAUCUCAGAUCGUCAAUAUCUCGAACAGACCCUCAUCUCUGGAAGGAUCUGGAGGAGUCGAUCCAGCUAGAGAGAAGAGCGAUUGCCAUUACGGUGGACAACCGCCCAACCUGGUCCUUUAAGAAUAACCUACAGGCUAUGCUUGUUAUAAAGUAUGGCAUGACAACAGACCAAACAAUACUCGAUGAGUGUACCCAGCUACAAAAAGAAGCGCUUGAUGAAGUACCCAAAGACCAUCAGUACCACGCAGAGAUGCUCACCAGCCUGGGCUAUCGCCUCAGAGACAGCGCAAAGAACGACCCAGACCUCGAAAAAGCUUCUGAGUGUUUUCUCGAGGCGCUACAAAACACAAAUGCUCCUCCGAUAAGCCGUGUGAGAGCUGGCUCAGCUCUUCUACAGUGCUGCCCCGAUAAACAGAAAGCCUACCGUGCCGCACAAGUCAUCAUAGGUCUUCUACCUCAGUUGAUCACUAGAUCACAUGAGACAUCGGACAAACAACAUGCUGCAGGCUCGAGAGCUGGUAUGGCGUGCAGUGCAGCAGCUGCGGCUUUGCAAGCGGACAGGCCGGUCUUCGAGGCGUUGCAAGUACUUGAGCUUGGGCGCGGCGUGCUCGCCAAGUAUAGUGAGGAGAUGCUGCUGGGUCCUUUACAGAUGGGACAACUACCCGCUGAACAAGCCAAGGUAUACAAGCACCUUCGCGAUGAGUUGAAGGGGUCGGCCACUCCUGUCUUACCGGAGAUGGGCAGUUCGUUUCAGAAGCAUGUUUCAGGACUCAACGAGCGUUAUGAUCUAGCAAAAGAGUUGGAGGACUUGAUUGGUGAGAUCCGAAAAUUGCCUGGUUUCGAAGACCUCUGGACUGCCCCAACAGAAGCAGAAACAUUGGAGGCUGCCAAAUAUGGCCCCAUUGUCGUCAUCAAUGUUAGUCGUGCUCGAUGUGAUGCACUACUCAUCGAGAAACAUCAGAUGCGAUCUUUGGCCCUUCCCAAUAUUACAAAUGACCUCUAUCAAUUUGCUCGUGCGGGCGACUUUGGUAGCUCAAAGGUCCUAGAAUGGAUGUGGGAUAAUAUCACUAAGCCAGUAUUGGAUACUCUUGGUUACUCUCGGCCCCCUAAAGAGGGCACAUGGCCUCGUGUAUGGUGGAUACCUACGGCCCUAUUGACUCUUUUCCCACUACAUGCCGCAGGAUAUCACCGAAAAGAGUCAUCUGAGACUGUCCUUGAUAGAGUAGUCUCUUCCUACUCUUCUUCUAUCAGGGCAAUCAUACGUGGUCGUCAGAAAGAACUUUCAUCAUCGUUCUCUAGCAAGGCUGUGCCGCGUGCUUUGCUUGUAGGAAUGCAGCAUACUCCAGAAAGCGGAUCCUUACCCUACGCGAACAAGGAGAUAGACAUUGUACAGAAGCUAUGCGAAUCAGCCGGUUUGGAGACUGUUCGGCCGAGACCACGGAAAGAGGACGUCUUCGAGCAGCUACUAGACUGUAAGAUAUUCCACUUCGCAGGUCAUGGCUACACAGACGAAAACGACCCCUCCAACAGUCAUCUACGUUUAGAGGACUGGCAAGAAGAUCCAUUUCGCGUGGCUGACUUACAGCAAAUGAAUCUUCGCGAGCACGCACCGUUUCUCGCAUAUCUUUCUGCUUGUGGCACCGGACAGAUGAAGCGAUAUAACCUGGUCGACGAAAGUAUCCAUUUGAUCAGCGCAUACCAACUAGCUGGUUUUCGCCAUGUCAUCGGUACGCUGUGGAAGGUUAGUGAUCAGUGCUGCGUUGAUAUAGCUAGGACCACGUAUGAGACCAUGAGGGACUUGGGGCUGAGUGAUGAGAGUGUUAGUUGGGGGGUGCACCAGGCGAGUAGGGAGUUGAGAGACAAAUGGAUCAAGACGCAGAAACAGGGGAGCGUUUCCUCGACAAGCCGAGAUUCAGGGUCAACAAAUGAUAGCACUGAUGGCGUUAGGGGCAAGGAGAAUUGUGAAGAUGAGAAUGAGAGGGACAUUGUGAGUGUAGAGGAGGAGCCUGAAGUUGGUGAACAGCUACAGUGGGCCCCUUAUGUUCAUUUCGGUGUAUGA